GCUGGUAAGGAGGGCAGGGGCUGCGCCCCGCACCUUCGGUCCUCCUGGCGCGGCCCGCAGCCAGGGCAGAGGGACCGGCCAGCAGACCCGAGGCGGUGGCGGCGUCGGCAGCAUGAGCCACCACCAGCUACCGGUGGUGAUCGACAACGGCUCGGGAGUGAUCAAGGCGGGCCUGGCGGGGUCCCGGGAGCCCCAGUUUAUGUACCCGAACAUUAUCGGCCGUGUCAAAGGCCAGAGCUGGGCGGCCCAGGGCGGGCAGGAGCUGUACGUGGGUGACCAAGCGCAGAAGCAGAGAAGCUCGCUGUCCAUUAGCUACCCAGUGGAGCGUGGUCUCAUUACUUCCUGGGGGGACAUGGAGAUCAUGUGGAAGCAUGUCUAUGACCAUAGCCUGAAGCUGAAGCCCUGUGACCGCCCGGUUUUGAUUACGGAGCCAGCACUGAACCCACUAGCCAACCGACGACAGAUCACUGAAAUAUUUUUUGAGCAUCUGGGGGUUCCUGCCUUCUAUAUGGCCAUCCAGGGGGUGCUGGCUCUCUUUGCUGCUGGCUUCACCACCGGCUUUGUGAUGAAUUCCGGGGCUGGGGUUACUCAGUGUGUGCCCAUUUUUGAAGGUUACUGUUUGCCUCAUGGCGCCCAGCAGCUACCUCUGGCUGGCUUUGACCUCACCAACUACCUCAUGAGUCUGUUAAAGGACCAUGGCAUCAUACUGCUUAGUGCUACAGACAGAAGGAUUGUCACAGAAAUGAAGGAAACCUCUUGUUAUGUGGCAAUGAACUACGAAGAGGAAAUGGCCAAGAAAUGUAGUAGUAUGGAGAAAGUUUACCAACUGCCCGACGGGAAGGUGAUCAAGCUCUACGACCAGCUCUUUAAAUGUCCAGAGGUCCUCUUUUGUCCAUCUCUCGUGAACCUGGGGACGAUGGGCAUUGAUAAGAUGUGCUUCAGCAGCAUAAUGAAAUGCGAUAAAGAUCUGAGGAAUUCCCUUUUCUCCAAUAUUAUCCUUGCCGGGGGAUCGACCUUGUUCCCUAAUUUAGACAAGCGGCUAGUUAAAGAUAUAGCAAAUGUGGCGCCUCCCAAUACCCCUGUGCAGGUUAGAGCUCCCCCAGAAAGGAAAAUAUCGGUGUGGAUGGGAGGCUCUAUUCUUGCGUCCCUGUCUGCCUUCCAGGAUGUGUGGAUCACUGCUGCAGAAUUUAAAGAAGUAGGUCCCAACAUAGUACACCAAAGAUGCUUCUGAAUCUAGAUAAAACGCUUACAAGAAAAUGUUCCAAGUGUGUGGGACAGAAAACUUUGGAUAUUAAGUUUCUGGGAGAACAGAAACUAUUUCCAUUAUGGGACUGUCCAUGUCUCUGUUGCAUUUCUAUAAUGGGGGAAAAUAAUGGUGAAGCAGUAAGACAACCUGUUUAUUGAGUAGGACGAAAUUAAAUGCUACAGGAAAUAUUA